AUGAGGAUAACCUUGAAACAUGGGUCCUCCUCCCCGCUCUGGCGGGGAAGGGUAAGCCCUUGCCCGUUCUUUAGACGCGCAAUCGGUGGGGGCAAGGGAGGCCGGGAAUCGGAAUCGGAGAGCGAUUGGGAAGGGCUGCUGAAGCCCUUCGGCCUGGAGGAGCUCCGCAGAUCUCUCAACCAGCUCACCCCGCAACGCCUCUGCAAGUUACUGGAGCUUCCCAUUGAUGUGCCGACAUCCAUGGAGGUCUUCCACUGGGCGGGCGCACAGAAGGGCUACGCCCACUCCUUCGACGUCUACUACGCAAUGGUCGACAAGCUGGGCCGGGCGGGAGAGUUCAAGAUGAUCGGCGACUUGCUGGCGCAGUCGAGAGAUGAGGGCAUCGUUCUGAGGGAGCCCCUCUUCAUCCUCCUCAUGAAGUGGUAUGGGAAGGCCGGGUCCCCAGGGAAGGCAGUGCAGAUGCUCGACGAAAUGUCCGGUGUGUUCGACUGCAAACCCACCUUCAGGUCCUAUAAUGUCGUCAUGGACAUCUUGGCGAGGGCGAGCUGCCACGGCGUGGUCUCCACCUUGUUCUUCCGCAUGGUGAACGAGGGGACCCCGUCCACGACCUUCACUUUCUCCAUCGUCAUCAAGGCCUUGUGUUCCACUGGUCGGUUAGACUCUGCGUGCGCCCUGCUCAGGGAGAUGGCGAAGCACGGCUGCGUCCCCGAUUCCACCAUCUACCAGACCCUGAUCCACGCCCUCCGCGCGCACAACAGGGUGAGCGACGCCCUGCGGCUUCUGGAUGAGAUGCUCCUCAUGGGCUGCCCCCCCGACACUCAAACCUUCAACGACGUCAUCCACGGGCUCUGCACCGCCGGCCAGAUCCGGGCGGCGGCGAAGCUGAUCGACCGCAUGCUCCGCCGCCGGUGCACGCCGAAUGUCGCCACAUACGGUGUUCUGGUGCGAGGGUUGUGCAGGACGGGCCAGGUGGACGAGGCGAGGGCCCUGUUGGGCAAGGUCCCCGCCCCCAAUGCCGUCCUCUUCAACACAGUGAUCCACGGCUACGCGAUGCAGGGCAGACUCCCCGAAGCAGAGGACGUCCUCAACAAUCGGAUGAUACGCUGUGGAUGCGAUCCAGAUGUCUUCACCUACAACAUCCUGAUUCACGGCCUCUGCCGAGCCGGGAACCUGGGCUCAGCCGCCCGGCUACUCAACGAGAUGGAGCGGAAGGGCUGCCGCCCCAACGCCAUCUCCUACACGAUCUUGAUGCACGGCUUCUGCAAACGCCACAAGUGGAAAGAUGUCGGGGAGAUCCUGGAGGAGAUGUAUUCCAAGGGCCUGAGCUUGAAUGGCACCGGUUACAACAUCCUGGUGUGGAGCCUGUGCAAGGAAGGGAGGACAGGCGAGGCUUUGGAGAUGGUCCAGAGGAUGAAGGAGAAGGGACACAAGCCCGACAUCUUCACCUUCAACUCCCUGAUACAUGGUCUGUGCGGGGAGAGUCGUCUGGGGGAGGCCCAUGCUUUAUAUGAGGCCCUGCUGUCGGAGGGCGUCGCAGCAAAUACGGUGACAUACAACACGCUGAUCCACUCCUUCAUGAGGAGUGGAGAAUGGCGAGAAGCCCUACGCCUGGUGGACGAGAUGACGCUCCGCGGCUGCCCUCUGGACGUCAUAACGUACAACGGGCUGAUGAAGGCACUCUGCAUGGGCGGUGACGUCGGGAGAGGACUGGCGGCGCUCGAGAAGAUGAUCGAGCAAGGAGUGGCGCCAAACAACGUCUCCUAUAAUAUUCUGAUCAACGGCCUCUGCAGGAUGGGGAGAGUCCACGUGGCCCUCGAACUGCUGGAGGAGAUGCUCCAGCGGGGGUCGACGCCGGACAUAGUCGGCUAUAACACGGUCAUCAAUGGACUCUGCAGGUUGGGGAAGCUGCGAGAGGCCCUGACCCUCGCGGAGAAGCUCCGCACGGAAAGGCUGUGCCCCGACGCGGUGACCUAUAACACCCUUAUCAGCUGGCACUGCAAGGGCGGGAUGCUCCAAGACGCUGUCUCAAUUCUAGAGAGGGCGAUCAACGAUGGCAUCGCGCCCAACUCUCUGACCUGGAGUAUUUUAGUACAGAACUUGGUCAAAGACCCGGCCUUUGUAGGGGCGGAGUAG